GUCUAAAAUUGGGCCUGCCAGUCUGCUUCCAAUAAAGGCAUCCCUUCUGCCUUCCAUUUACUCUCUUCCAUCUUUUCACUGUUUUCUGUUUCUUUAAUCCUUCCAUCUUUGUACACAUUUCUCCAUUUCCCAAUUUCAAUACCAACUCCCAAAUACCAAAUCAUUAUACGCACCUCACUCUUUUGCUUAAUUGCAUUCAACGUGUUUGAUGAAAUUACCCAACCAGCUUUUCAAUUUUGAUUUAGUUUGUGAUGCUAUUCAAUUUUGAUUUUGUUUACCCUCAGUUUCUCCUUUCUGUGGGUUGGUGCAAGGACUUUAUCCACCCUCUCUCUUAUCUCACUGUAUAUAGUACUCUCUCUCUCUCCACAUUUCGCUUUCUAUGAAUUUCUCGAGAUUGGGGUCUUGAGAUAAAAACCAGGGGGACCUCUGUUCCAAUAAACAACACUACCUCAACACCAGUCCUUCUCCUGCUCUCCUCUCCUCUAUAUCUCUAUAUCCUCAACACCAGGAAAGAUAAUACAAUCUCUCUCUACUACACAAAAGAGAAGAAGAAGAAGAAGAAGAAAGAAACCAACAAGCCACAAUCUUGAUUGAUGAGUGGGAGAGUAGGCUCUCUGUGUGAAGAGAGCCUGCCUGUUCAUGCAGCCAUCUAAACCGCCAUUUCUCCUCUCCCAACGAGUAAAGAUUCAGUCUUUCUUGUGGAAUGGCGCUUUCUAUGCACAGGGACAGUAACAGCAGCGGCAGCGGCAGCAGCAAGCAGCAGCAGCAAAUGGAUGCAAGCAAGUAUGUGAGGUACACGCCGGAGCAAGUUGAUGCGCUCGAGAGGGUCUAUGCUGAGUGCCCCAAGCCUAGCUCUUUGAGGAGGCAGCAGCUCAUUAGGGAAUGCCCCAUUCUUUCCAACAUUGAGCCUAAACAAAUCAAAGUCUGGUUUCAGAACCGCAGGUACACAUGUGUUUCUCUCAAGGCUGUUGGGACAUGUGGCUUCUUUAUCAUUUUGUUUAAUUUGUGUUGUGAUAGUCUUCUCGCAAUUGCUGAGGAGACCCUGGCAGAGUUCCUUGGUAAGGCUACUGGAACUGCUGUCGACUGGGUACAGAUGAUUGGGAUGAAGCCUGGUCCGGAUUCUAUUGGCAUUGUCGCUGUUUCUCGCAAUUGUAGUGGGGUAGCAGCACGAGCCUGUGGCCUCGUGAGUCUUGAACCCACGAAGGUUGCCGAAAUUCUCAAAGAUCGUCUCUCUUGGUUCCGUGACUGUCGUUGCCUUGAUGUAGCAAGUGCAAUUCCCACAGGAAACGGAGGGACUAUAGAGCUUGUAUAUAUGCAGGUAUAUGCACCAACAACGUUGGCAUCUGCUCGUGACUUUUGGACGCUAAGAUAUAUCACUAGCUUGGAAGAUGGCAGUCUAGUGAUUUGUGAGAGGUCAUUAACAUCAUCCACUGGUGGUCCAGCUGGGCCUCCUGCUACUUGCUUUGCCAGAGCUGAGAUGCUACCUAGUGGGUACCUGAUCCGACCUUGUGAGGGUGGUGGAUCAAUUAUCCACAUUGUUGAUCACAUUGACUUUGAUGCUGGCAGUGUUCCCGAAGUUUUGAGGCCUCUUUAUGAAUCAUCCAAAAUCCUAGCGCAGAAGAUGACUAUGGCUGCUUUGCGUCACAUAAGACAAAUAGCUCAAGAAACGAAUGGGGAGGUCCAGUACUCAGGUGGCCGCCAACCUGCUGUUCUCAGGGCCCUAAGUCAAAGGUUGUGCAGGGGGUUCAAUGAUGCUGUCAAUGGAUUUGUUGAUGAUGGCUGGUCGAUAAUGAGCAGCGAUGGGGUGGAAGAUGUAACCAUUGCUGUUAACACGUCCCCGAACAAAUUUCUUGGUUCUCAGUAUAACAAUUUGUCAAUGCUCCCAACAUUUGGGGGAGUCCUCUGCGCACGAGCAUCUAUGCUUCUCCAGAAUGUGCCCCCUGCUUUGCUUGUUCGCUUCCUGAGGGAGCAUCGUUCGGAGUGGGCUGAUUAUGGCGUUGAUGUUUACUCAGCUGCUUCUCUUAAAGCAAGUCCUUACGCAGUUCCUUGUUCAAAGCCCGGCGGAUUUCCUAGUAGUCAAGUCAUUUUACCUCUGGCACAGACAGUGGAACACGAAGAGUUUCUGGAAGUUGUUCGUUUGGAGGGUCAUGCAUUCUCCCCAGAAGACAUAGCUAUGUCGAGAGAUAUGUACCUGUUACAGUUAUGCAGUGGGAUUGAUGAGACAACAACCGGGGCUUGUGCUCAGCUUGUUUUCGCACCGAUAGAUGAAUCAUUUGGUGAUGAUGCACCUUUGCUGCCAUCUGGUUUCCGUGUCAUUCCAUUGGAACCUAAAUCAGAUGGUCCUGCAGCAACUCGAACACUGGACUUGGCUUCAGCCCUCGAGGUAGGACAUGGUGGAGCUCGUGCAGGUGGUGAAGCUGAUACGAGCAAUCAGAACCUUAGGUCCGUUCUAACCAUUGCGUUCCAGUUCACUUUUGAAAAUCACUACCAAGAGAGCGUUGCUGCCAUGGCCCGCCAGUAUGUACGAAGCAUUGUUGCCUCAGUUCAAAGAGUUGCUAUGGCCAUAGCCCCGUCUCAACUCAGCUCACAUAUGGUACCAAAGCCUUUUCCUGGAUCACCAGAGGCUGUGACAUUAGCACAAUGGAUAUGCAGGAGCUAUAGUAUGCACACUGGGGCAGAACUCCUUCAGGCCGACUCACCAGCAGGCGAUGCCAUUCUUAAACAACUUUGGCACCACAGCGAUGCGAUAAUGUGCUGCUCUGUUAAGAUGAAUGCGUCCGCAGUUUUCACAUUCGCAAACCAGGCAGGGCUCGACAUGCUGGAGACGACCCUGGUCGCCCUUCAGGACAUAAUGCUGGAGAAGAUUCUAGACGAAGCAGGCCGUAAGAUUCUCCUCUCGGAGUUCUCCAAGAUCAUGCAGCAGGGAUUCGCCUAUCUGCCAGCCGGAGUCUGCGUCUCGAGCAUGGGAAGGCCGGUCUCGUAUGAGCAAGCCGUCGCGUGGAAGGUCCUCAACGACGACGACGCCAAUCACUGCCUUGCUUUCAUGUUCAUGAACUGGUCUUUUGUGUAAAGAAAUAGAGUAAAAACUCCUACUAAGAUAUGACAUCAGCUGCUUAAGUUAUUUGUACCUCUUUGAUUUUGCCAGAACUUAUGCAUAUGACAUAAUGUUUGAGAGGGAUUAUGAACUUAUGAGAUGCCUACUAUUUUGUUAUAUAUGGAAACAAGGUGCUUUUUAA